GUUUUGAGGCUCACUUGAUCUCCUGCUGUGACCAGCCCCUCUCUGCCUGGCAGGGGAAAGCCACCGAACUCUCAGGCCUUCCUGGUAGCCGAGGAGCCCAGCGGAGGGGCUGCUGCUGGCUGCUGGGAUUGCAGAGGCUGGGGUCUCUGUGGCGUUGCUUUCCUGGAAAGGAGGGACGGCACCUCCGGGGCAGCCAGCAGUGUGGGAGCCCAUUCCAGGGCAUGAAUGGGCACUCAGGAAUGGAAAAUCCAAGAGGGAACAAACCACCGACAAAGAAAUGCAGUACAGGUCCAGCUGCAGAAAUUAAGACUGGGGCUGAGUCGGGGAGAAGCCUUCCACGUUGAGACGGCAACUGGGCAAAGCAGGACGGAGACCUGUGUGUCUGACUGGAGAGGCCUGCGGCAUUGGCAUGUGGCUGGAGGUCCAGGCAGGGUGCCACCACCACAGAGGUCAGGCAUGAAUUCAGUCCUGACAAAACAUGGGUCUCCACCUCCAAGCUGGCUCAAACUUUGUUCGGGAACCGACGACCAGAGCCCCGCGGAAAAGAAGGGACUGCGCUGUCAGAACCCCGCCUGCAUGGACAAGGGGCGGGCGUCCAAGGUAUGUCACCACGCCGACUGCCAGCAGCUGCACCGCCGGGGACCCCUCAACCUCUGCGAGGCCUGUGACAGCAAGUUCCACAGCGCCAUGCAUUAUGAUGGGCAUGUCCGCUUUGACCUUCCCCCACAAGGCUCUGUCCUUGCCCGGAACGUGUCCACCCGGUCAUGCCCGCCACGCACCAGCCCCGCGGUGGACUUGGAGGAGGAGGAUGAAGAGAGCUCUGCGGAUGGCAAAGGGGACCGGAAGAGCACAGGCCUGAAACUCCCCAAGAAGAAAGCAAGGAGGAGACACACGGAUGACCCAAGCAAGGAGUGCUUCACCGUGAAAUUUGACCUGAAUGUGGAUAUCGAGACGGAGAUCGUCCCAGCCAUGAAGAAGAAGUCGCUGGGGGAGGUGCUGCUGCCUGUAUUUGAAAGGAAGGGCAUCGCGCUGGGCAAAGUGGACAUCUACCUGGACCAGUCCAACACACCCUUGUCCCUCUCCUUCGAGGCCUACAGGUUCGGGGGACACUAUCUUCGUGUCAAGGCCCCAGCCAAGCCUGGAGAUGAGGGCAAGGUGGAGCAGGGCGUGAAGGACUCCAAGUCCCUGAGUCUGCCGAUCCUGCGGCCAGCUGGGACUGCGCCCCCUGCCCUGGAGCGUGUGGACCCUCAGAGCCGCCGGGAGAGCCUGGACAUCUUAGCCCCUGGCCGCCGCCGUAAGAACAUGUCGGAGUUCCUGGGGGAGGCGAGCAUCCCUGGGCAGGAGCCCCCCACGCCCUCUAGCUGCUCUUUGCCCAGUGGCAGCAGUGGCAGCACCAGCAGCGGCGACAGCUGGAAGAACCGGGCGGCCAGUCGCUUCAGCGGCUUUUUCAGCUCAGGCCCCAGCACCAGCGCCUUUGGCCGGGAGGUAGACAAGAUGGAGCAGCUGGAGGGCAAGCUGCACACCUACAGCCUCUUCGGGCUGCCUAGGCUGCCCCGGAGGCUGCGCUUCGACCAUGACUCCUGGGAGGAGGAUGAUGAGGACGAGGAUGAAGACAAUGCCUGCCUGAGGCUGGAGGACAGCUGGCGGGAGCUCAUUGAUGGGCAUGAGAAGCUGACUCGGCGGCAGUGCCACCAGCAAGAGGCAGUGUGGGAGCUGCUGCACACGGAGGCCUCCUACAUCAGGAAACUGCGGGUGAUCACCAAUCUGUUCCUGUGCUGCCUCCUGAACCUGCAAGAAUCAGGGCUGCUGUGUGAGGUGGAGGCGGAGCGUCUGUUCAGCAAUAUCCCGGAGAUCGCGCAGCUGCACCGCAGGCUGUGGGCCGGCGUGAUGGCGCCGGUGCUGGAGAAGGCGCGGCUUACACGGGCGCUGCUGCAGCCCGGGGACUUCCUCAAAGGCUUCAAGAUGUUCGGCUCGCUCUUCAAGCCCUACAUCCGCUACUGCAUGGAGGAGGAGGGCUGCAUGGAGUACAUGCGCGGUCUGCUGCGCGACAACGACCUCUUCCGGGCCUACAUCACGUGGGCCGAGAAGCACCCACAGUGCCAGCGGCUGAAGCUGAGCGACAUGCUGGCCAAACCCCACCAGCGGCUCACCAAGUACCCGCUGCUGCUCAAGUCGGUGCUGAGGAAGACCGAGGAGCCGCGCGCCAAGGAGGCCGUCGUCACCAUGAUCGGUUCCGUGGAGCGCUUCAUCCACCACGUGAAUGCGUGCAUGCGGCAGCGGCAGGAGCGGCAGCGGCUGGCGGCCGUGGUGAGCCGCAUCGAUGCCUACGAGGUGGUGGAAAGCAGCAGCGACGAAGUGGACAAGCUCCUGAAGGAAUUUCUGCACCUGGACUUGACAGCGCCCAUCCCCGGGGCCUCCCCGGAGGAGACGCGGCAGCUGCUGCUGGAGGGGAGCCUGAAGAUGAAGGAGGGGAAGGACAGCAAGAUGGAUGUGUACUGCUUCCUGUUCACGGAUCUACUGUUGGUGACCAAGGCAGUGAAGAAGGCAGAGAGGACCAGGGUCAUCAGGCCACCCCUGCUAGUGGACAAGAUUGUGUGCCGGGAGCUACGGGACCCUGGGUCCUUCCUUCUCAUCUACCUGAAUGAGUUUCACAGCGCUGUAGGGGCCUACACGUUCCAGGCCAGCGGCCAGGCCUUGUGCCGUGGCUGGGUGGACACCAUUUACAACGCCCAGAACCAGCUGCAACAGCUGCGUGCACAGGAGCCCCCAGGCAGCCAGCAGCCCCUGCAGAGCCUGGAAGAGGAGGAGGAUGAGCAGGAGGAGGAAGAAGAGGAGGAGGAGGAGGAAGGCGAGGAGAGUGGCAAUUCAGCUGCCAGCUCCCCCACCAUCAUGCGGAAAAGCAGCGGCAGCCCCGACUCUCAGCACUGUGCCUCAGAUGGCUCCACGGAGACCCUGGCCAUGGUUGUGGUGGAGCCUGGGGAGACGCUGUCCUCCCCCGAGUUCGACGGCGGUCCUUUCAGCUCCCAGUCCGAUGAGACCUCUCUCAGCACCAUUGCCUCAUCUGCCACACCCACCAGUGAGCUGCUGCCCCUGGGUCCAGUGGACGGCCGCUCCUGCUCCAUGGACUCUGCCUACGGCACCCUCUCCCCAACCUCCUUACAAGACUUUGUGGCCCCAGGCCCUGUUGCAGAACUAGUGCCUCGGCCCCCAGAUUCCCCACAAGCUCCUUCCCCUCCACCCUCGCCCCGUCUCCGCCGCCGCACCCCUGUCCAGCUGUUAACCUGCCCGCCCCAACUGCUCAAGUCUAAGUCCGAGGCCAGCCUCCUCCAGCUGCUGGCAGGGGCUGGCACUCAUGGAACAUCCUCUGCCCCCAGCCGCAGCCUGUCAGAGCUCUGCCUGGCUGUCCCAGCCCCAGGUAUUAGGACUCAGGGCUCCCCUCAGGAAGCUGGGCCCAGCUGGAAUUGCCGGGGGGGCCCUAGCCCUGGCGGUGGUCCUAGGCUAGCUAGCUCCCUGGCCGGGGAACCUGCAGGCUCCCACAGGAAGAGGUGUGGAGACCUGCCCUCGGGGGCCUCUCCCAGGGUCCAGCCUGAGCCCCCACCAGGAGUCUCCACCCAGCACAGGAAGCUGACCCUGGCCCAGCUCUACCGAAUCAGGACCACCCUGCUGCUUAACUCCACGCUCACUGCCUCGUGAGUGGCCUGGCCUGGGGUAGGGCAAGUGGCUCAGGGCACUGGCAUGGGGGCCCAGUCAUGCCUGGGA